GUUACCCUUAUGACCUUGAGUUCCUGACCUUCAUUUAUGUCUAACAAUUGUCACUUAUCACUGACUGAGACUAAGCUCAUCACUAUCGGUGUUAUUGGGCUUCCAGGUUCAGGAAAAUCAUGCUUUUGCAAUAGAUUUGUUUUUCGUCAUCCCGAUUCGUACGUCAAGGAUCCUCAUCCCAUUAGUAAUACCUCUCAUUCCUGCGAUGUCAAUGUAUGUGAUAGUCGUUGGUUGUACUGGGGAUGUGCGUGCCGUCAAAUAGAUGGAAGUAUCAUAAAAUUUCAAAUACUGGAACACACGAAGUUCCCAGACGGUGUAUCUUACUCAGUACCUCAAUACUCAACGUGUGAUCACGAUAUCAAUCAGUUUUUAGAAUAUAUUCAUAAAAGCAUCGAAAUCCGCUUGGUAUUUAAAAAUAAGUUGACCUAUGCAUGUAAGAAAGGAGUGUGCAAGGGUUCAAGUACAGGUGAUUGCUUUGGAUCAAAUGAAGUGGAGGUUGAUGGUUUUAUUUUGAUAUUUGAUAUUACCACUUGCACGAGUAAUACUCACUGUGUAGAUCCAAGCUACUCAUGCAACUCAGCUGUCCUACAGGAGUCAUUAAAAUGCUUUUCAAGAGUUCGUAAACCAGCCGUUGUAGUGUUGUCUAAGUUGGAUAAUUGUGAUUUUUCUAAAUCAGGACUAGAUACUUUUCUCAAGUCAAAUGAAUUUAAGAAAAUUCCUGUGAUUGAGACUUCGGCACAUGAAAAUGUCAAUAUCGAAGAAGCGUUCUUUACCCUCUACAGGAUUAUGGAAUCUAAAACUCGUGUUAAUAAAUUGAGACAUAUUUCAUAUGCAGAAGCUGCCUAUAAGCGGAGUCAGGUGGUCGAUUCAGCUAUGCGUUCAUUUGUACGUCUAGUAUUCAUAUCUCUUCCGGAAUUUUUAACUAACUGGGAAACCUUCAUGGGAAGAUACAGCCAUCACACUGAUGUAGUAAACUAUAUAGACCUGGUUGGUUCUUUAAAUGCAAGGUACAAAUUCGAGGCUGUAGUUGAAGAGCGUUUCAGAAAGAAAAAGCUGAACUCACUGGAUAAAGUGCCGGGUAUCCUUAUGCAUCUGUUGCCGAAUCUGGACACAGUUCAUGGUUUUUCAUUUGAACAAAUCGUAUCAUACAUUCGUCGUCAUAAAGAAUUUUCUCUAUGCUUUCAAGAUGAUACAUACUAUGACUGCAGCACGGACCUCAAUAAUGUACUACAUGACGAUUCACGUGUACCUUUUCAUCUGGCUAUUGAACCGAUAGCUGAAUCCGAGAACUGCCUAUUAAAGCAGCAUAUGGAUCGUUUGACUAACAUAAGACGUCGUCAUACAGAAAAGGCGUUCCUAGAGACUUCUCUCCAUCAUGGAUUUCGAAACUGCCUCACCAGCACUAUGAAUGAGGACCAUUCCGACGAGCAUAUUACGGUUAUAUUACCGGGACAACCACUCUCGGAUGUUAAAUCAAAUAUUAGUUCACUUGAUUUGCUUGCGCUUACUAAGGAGGAAAUAUCUGGGAUAUAUCAACAGUUUCAACUAGGUUUGCAUAUUCGAGUACGCGAGGACUUUUUAGAUUUAUUGGUUGAACAAACUGAGAUUUUUGUCAAGACGGUGUUGGGCUAUUUGGAUCACCUUCGCGACAGUUAUCCAUAUAUUACGCAUGCAUUGGAUUCAGUGAAUGGGGAUUACAGUGAACCAUCUUCAAAGAUAAAUCCCGACUUAUUGACUUCGAGAAAGUUAAGUACUUUCGACCAAAACCUUGGUGUUCAAACAGCCCCAUCACCGUAUGUAUCUAUUAAUCGAACCAAGUAUUUAAGUGCUCCCCCUAGGGGCGUGAAAGAAACUCAAAUUAAUUGGUUAAGUGAACAGUUAUCUAAGGACGAUCGCUAUCAAGCAAUGGCUUAUCUACCGUCGGAACGACAAACUUUAAUUACAGCUUAUUUUGAUAUGCUUAUUCCGUCCAUUGAUUCCCACAGAUUUAUCCCGAGAAGUCCGUCGAACGACAUUUUAACUGUGGACUUUAGAGUCCAAAAUCCAAGAAGUCCUAUGGCAUCCAAUGAAAUGGAUUCUCCGGUAAUAGAUAAUGCCUCAUGUCUUGAUCCAACAGCAGAUUAUUACUCUGAAAGUUAUCGAUUUGAAUCAUCAUAUUUAUGUUCACCGUGUUUGUCUGUUUCAUGUGGCGGGUGUGUGGAUGUUCUCUUUAAGCAACUCGCACACGAAUACCUUCCGGGUAAUUUUGUAUAUUCCAGAGGACAAUUCACCAAUUUUUCCGAAAGUAACAGUAAUUACUUCUGUUUGGAUAAAAGUAUGUUGUCUAUUCCUAGAUCAAGCACACCUCAAAUACCUAGUCUUUCAUGUCUUCCUUUAUCGGUUUAUGACCAUUCACCGCUAGUUUUAUCAAUUGCUAUAGCUUGCAUAUGCACUGACACAUUGGCUGCACACGCUGUCAUCAAUCUCCUGUCGUGUGCAGGAUUCUGUAUGGCUUCUUUUAUUUCCAAAACUUCAGAGCAUUCAGUUGAUCAUCGGUCUGAUCAUUACCAUGAUUACCACCAUCGUAAUCAAUACACUAGUCUGAAGCCUUCAACUUUGUAUCCUUCAGAGGAGAACAGUACAUCAGAUCCUUUAGUGUUAACUGCCACAUGGCCUCUACCGACAACAAGACUAUUUAUGUCUGGUUCCUCCAGUACACCUAUUCCAAAUCCAUCUAUAAUAAGUUCAUUUAAAGACAUAGAAUCACUCAAGAUUUACGAUGGCCAAGUUCACAUUCAUUUAAUGUCACACCAUACACUAUUGAAUAAACUAUUGUUGUAUCGAGAGAAUAUUACAAGUAAAUCUGAACAAUCUAAUGGUAUAUUACUUGAAGGAAGCGAUAUGAACUUAGGUACUACUAAUUCACACUUCCUACCGUAUUCAGGCAUAAUUCUUUUUACUAGCGCUCCAUCUGCUGCACAAAAAAAGCUGUGGAAUGAAUUAUCACAGGAAACCGGUGAAAUCUUCCCGCCUACACACUUAUCAACGAAACUCCAAGGUAGAGUUACAAAUUCUAUGAAUUUGUGUGGGAUAAAUAUGCAUGAAUGCAGUUCGUCACCUCAACUACUUUUAAAUGAUCACUCACCUGACGAAAAUGAGUGUGAUUUUAAGGCACAUGCAGAAUGUGAUCACUCUUCUGAAUUUCCUUGCUCUUUUGAUCAGUUAUCAUGCACGUGUUGCAACCUAUUUUACAAUAAAAAAGAAAUCAAUACUUUAGGUUGUGUCUGUGGUCAGUGUUGUAAUUGUGUGCAUUCGUCGAAAAAUUCCAACAACAGUUCUCUUUUGCAUAUUAAACCGGAUACAUGGAAAGAUAAAAGAUUGCAUUCCAGUUUAAUGUGUCCACAUCGUAGACGUUCUUGGGAAGCAAGAGUUGCAGCUAUCAACUCAAUUGUUGAUCAAGUACCAAGAAAUAUUCCUCAUUUAGUUCUACUGACUGAAUCGUCCUAUUAUGGUGGUAAGUCUGAAGAUAUACCACCAUCUGUUUAUCCUGCCACCGGAUCGAUAAGAUCCUCUACAUUUCCCCGUCAAUCGUAUCCUGACAUGUCAUGUGAUCAAAGUGAAAAUUCAUCUAGCUCAUUGAACCGUGAAUCUUGCUCAUCCGACUGGAUGCCUGUCGGAACAAAUAUUCUAGAUCACGUUAUAAACUUUCUCAGUCAUUGUUGGAACAAAAUGAAUCAAAAUGUGUCUUCUAAGUAUGUUGGAAAAUAUAAAAACACUUGUCGUUUCACUACUUCCAAGAAUUCUGAGAUUUCAAGUGGUCCUAGUUCACCACAUCUAAUGGUAGCAGGAAGCUAUGCAAAUCAGUCUUCUGUGGAAAUAUCAUUGGAUAAAUCUUUCAGUGGAGGACUUUUAAAUACCUUAUCAGUUGCUUCAGCUACUGGGCGAAAGGCUAUGCAUUCGGCCAAUCAGGCUUUAAGAAAGCUUUCUAAUACUACCAAAUACCAUCAUAAUUGUAAAUCAUCUCCGGCCGCCAAUUCUAAAGGCUUUCUUUCCAGCUUUAUCGAUUCUUAUGGUAAGGUUAGCGUUAAUGAAAAAUCACAAACAAUGCCCGAACAAGUCUCUUUCGUUUCAAAUUCAAAAUCAAAGACUUUAGAAUCAAUGCACUCACCGGGUACCCUUAUUGCUUCUAAUGAUAACCCAAUAACUAUCUCUUCUCCACCAGCGAUCCAAACAAACAAAUCUUUCAGUGAACAUAAUCAUACACCUAAAAGGUUUAAUUGCAGUGAACAUCCUAUUCGAUGGAAAGUUGGCCCUUCACCACUUCAUACUCAUCGUAAAGAAUCAUCCAUUCGAAAAGCAACAGAAAAAUUACAAAGUAAGUCUUUUCAUUUGAAAAAAAUCAAUUCGAAAUCGACGAAUGAUAAGAUAAUCUCAUCAACUAAGUUAACGAAUUUCGGCGUCGAUUCUACUCCACUUUUAUUGCCAGUCAAUGUUCAAGAUAGUGAAAAAACUACUCCUACUAGUAAAGGAAAUACAUACUUACAAACUGAUAUGUUCAUAUCAAAACUUUCAGCAGCACAAAGUCCUGAUAAAAUACCAUGUUGUGAAGACCGGGAACAUAAUAUACACAGUAUUCGAAAUUCAUAUAUUGGAUUGUUCGAUAAAUGCUGUCAUUGCAUGAGUGAUGUACCGGAAGAUAUUGGGAUAAAUAAACAAAAUACUCAGCAGGUUAUUGGAGGUUCAACUUCAAACAUUUCUGUAACCCCAAUAGAUAUAAGUACAUCUUCUCAUUCGCAAAAUCGUGAUGAAACAACAAAAGAGCUACUUAAAUCGCCUAAUAAACUUGAAAAUCAAUUUAUUUCAACAACAAUGUUCAAUGACAAUAAUUAUCUGAUUGCCUCAAAAUCACUCGAUUCUAAUCACUGCUUAAUCAAUUCCUCACUACAUAACCAUAGUACUGAUAUGUUCUGUAUUAUGCAAAGUGAAGAGGAGAAACAAGACGAUAUAGAGUCAAUCUAUGAAGAAUUCAUCUUAACUAAUGGAUCGUCACAACCGUCAUCAUCAUCAUUGUCAUCAUUUUCUGAUACUCAUACUACUACUAACAAUAAUAAUUAUAACAAUAGUAGUAAUACUGGAUAUCACUCAAGUCGUGUUGUGUCACCACCAUCACUAACAGCUCCCACCAAUGUAUUUAAUGCUGAUGAACAUAUUUAUAUGGAGCCUGUUGAUUGUUUAACAUAUGGAUGUCUAGAACGAUAUCAUAUUAUCCCACAAAAGUUUACAGAUUUCUACACCAACUUAAGCGAUUCAUCAGCUGUCGUGUCAAAUAAACAAGAGUUUAAUAAUUCAACAUCGUCAAUUCAUCCAACUAGUGUUGUUACGUCCUCAAAUGUAUCAAAUAAUUGGACAGAAAAUGAUGUAGGCUACCGACGUGAACGUUAUCGUUCGUUUAGUACACCUGAAGGUAGCUCCUUGUCUCAUGAUAGUAAUGAGACACAAUACGGUGGUGGUCCUUCAGUCGGUUCGUCAUCCAAUAUCAAUUUUCCAAGAAAUAUUUUUCAACCUUUCUCUGGAAAUCCAAUCCAUUUUCGUUCUGUUAGAUCCAGUCACCUUAAUGGAUCUUCUAAUAUUUCACCAUUGAAAACUCGUAUACAUAGUACAGAUGCAGUUUUCGAAUCAUUAACACAUUAUAAUACAUCUGUUAUUUCUCCAGCUUCAACCACUCUAAGCGAGGAUCUUAAUGAAAACGUCAUGAUUAGUGAUAAAUUUCCUAGAUUCUCCACAAUUCGUGCACAGUCACUUCCAAAUCCUCUUUCUCGUUUACAUCAUCAUCACUUCUGGCAUCAUCCUAAAUGUCCUCAUUAUCGAAUUCAUCGAGAUUCAGAGGAUAGUGGUUUAGGCACUGCAUCAUCAUCUUCGUCUAAAUUUGGCUUCCAAUCACAACUUUCAACAGACUACAAUCAUAUCAAUUAUUGUAACAAAAUUUAUGAUACUGACACUAACAAAUCUUCAUCAGAAUUUCUAUCACCUAUUAACUUAUCCCAACAACUUCCUUGUAAAUCUUAUUCACCCGCCUACUCUUGUGCACAUUUCCACUGUUCUAAUAAUUCUACAUCUUACAAUAUUAGUAGUACACCAUCGAAACCAGUUUUUAUUGAUCCUACAGAUUUUCAAACUCAUCAGCCUACACAAUCUUCUCUAACAUUUCCAUCAUAUAAUCAUCUUUCAUUUAAUACUACGUCAACUACUAUUACUAGUGAUAAUACUGCUGCUAAUAAUGCAACGCCUCAUAUGAGCAGUAUGGUUUAUCAUCGCAAUACAUAUUAUCAACCAUCUCAAGCGCCAUGUAAUCAUAAUAUCUCAACAUUUGCAGCUACAAAAGAUUUUAAAUGGCUCCGUCGUAAUAAACCGUUGAAAUUUUUUGGGCAUCGUUUUUCAUUGGAAACCCAUCCAAAUUCAUCUCCGUCUACAACACCAGCUUCAUCUGUACCACAAAGUGCUCCCCCUCCGCCUCCAUUCGAGUCUUAUCUUCCCCCUUUUAUUACACCAAAGAAGUCUAUGUCGACGAUGAACAACUGCAGUUCAACAUUACAUAGUAAAUCUAACUUAUCAGGCAAUAAUAAUUUGACGGGAUCAUUGUGUUUUGAAACGCAACAAGUACCUGUAAGUACUUUUUUAAGUAUGUGGUAUUUUUUCUGCAUGUUUAAUAUAUCUCAACCUGAAGAAUGUUGGUUUUCUAGUCUGUGUCACAGAGCAGUACUACAAAUUUGUUUUCUGUUAAUCUGUAUUAUAUCUUGGGGACCGCACAACCGGAUGUUUUUUUCAUGGUUAAAUAUUUUCAAUGAUGUUUCAUGAAUGUACGGACAAUAAUCAAAAUCUAGUUUUAUCCUAAGCGUUUGUAUCGUGUAAAUUUAGCCAGUUAUUACUUGAGAUAAUGAGUUGUUAUCACUUUUACAGGAUUAAAUUAAAUUACUGUUGUUACUUGUUGUGACUUUUUGUUAUUACACCUGUUUAAAACUAUUCUAGUUUCUGGACAGAAGUCAUUUUGAUCUUUUCAGUAUUUUGUACACUUUGACAUAUUCGACCUUAUCAGUUAUGCACUUGGAUCCUUGAGCGUUUUCAAAUGUAUGUGUAUAUGUCUAUCACCUUAUCUGCAUUUUAUACGUUGUGUAUUUUCACAUGUGACGUGAUUCAUAUUUCAUCAUCGUCAUCCUGGGAGUUAAUUUAAUGGAUAUAAAUUAAUCUUUUAUGUAAGGGACAUAAGUUACCCCAUUAUAGAUGGUACCUUGACGCAGUAGUCGGGGUUGCCUAUCAUAAUGUAACAUUCCAGUUAUAUCGGCUGGGACACUUGUCCAUUUAUAUCCUAAAAUGACAGUGAAGUUUGUUGGGAGCGGUAAAACUAAAAGCACCUCACUCAUGUUCUGGGAACAAGUUAUACUGCAUUGGGGUAUGACGACAGUAAUGUGUUUUCGUCAGGUAAGUUUCUAAAAUGAUACUUGUUUUCCACAGCGAUAGUAGGGGGUUAGAAAAAGGCCAAUCCCAGAGGUCACAAGCCUCAUUUUAUCUAGUAGACGUUUGUGACUCAAUUGUUGACUUAGAAUACGCCGAUGACAUAGUUCUAUUUGUUGAAGACGCUGACAAAAUGCAGUGUUAUCUGACCACCGUAAGCAACAAUGCAAGCAUGUUCGGGAUGCGAUUCUCCCCCUCAAAUUCAAAAUGUUACUUCAGGACUGGGUUACAUCGACACCAGAACUAAUGAUAGGGAGUGAAAUAGUUGAGCGUGAAGACCGCUUCACUUAUCUUGAGAGUCUCACCAGCCUUUGUGGUCCAGUGUUUGACGAAGUCCCAGCACGGAUACAGAAGGCUCGACUAGCUUUCACAAACUUGCGUCAUUUAUGGCGUAGGCGAUAUAUCCGUCUAGCAAGCAAAGGACGGGUUUACUGCGAAGCUGUUCGUUCCGUCCUACUUUAUGGCAGCAAAACAUGGCCGAUAAGAGUAGAGCAUAUUCGUAGGCUGCUAGUUUCCGAGCACAGGUGUCUUCGAAGCAUUGCUCGUAUAUCCUGGGACCACCGAGUAGGUAAUGCAGUUGUUAGGAAACGGGUACUAGGUAAGGAUGGCAAAUCGAUUGAUGAAGUAGUGAAACUUUAUCAGUUGAGAUGGCUGGGACACGUACUACGUAUUCCCAACCACCGACUGAUCCGACGCGUGCUGUUUUACGGUGUAGGAGUAGGUCGGAGGAAAGCUAGGCGCGGCCAGACCGAAACGUGGCAUAAAUCCAUUUGACUCUGUUAAUCGUGAGGUUCUGUGGCAGUGUUUGCUACUGAAAGGACCAGAACAUGGCACAAAUCCAUUAAGUCACUGACUGGUGGACUCAGCCAUGUUGGUAGGUGUAGACUGUUUGGUUGGGAUCCGCGAGAUGGUAGCAAUCGAUGGAUAGAGACCUUUAACGACAUGGCUCAAAAUCGUUUGCAAUGGCACAGGUGCAUCCACUCUUUGUGUUCUGUCAGAUUUUAAUCUUCUGAACCCUACAUGUUCCUUUCUUUUUUCUCUUCCAAAUUUAUUUCACUGGAUUAUACUCCUUGAAUAACAUCUUCAAACCAUAAUCUUUCACAUAAUGCUUAUACUCUUACUACUUCUACCACUAUGGGAUUUGAAUUGACAACUGCAUCUCUGUGCUAAUGUGGUAUGGCAACUGGAACUGAUGUACGUAGGUACGAAUUUCUACGUUGUGACUGACUGACAGACUGUAACAGUUUGUUGCGAAACCAAAUUCUUCUAAACUGCUAACCUUUGAUUUUAUAGCGCAUGUCUAAACAAUCUAGGUACUGGGUAAAAGUAGGAAGUUGGUUGAUGAGGUUAUAAAUCUUCAUCGACUGAGGUAGUUAGGACGUGUGUUUCAUGUCGCUGACUAUAAUUUACUUCAGCUGGCGAUGUUUGUUGACGAAGAAAGCUGGAGGCGGCCAAAAUAAGACGUCGGAUCAGUCCAUAAAGUCAUUGGCUGAUGAGUUGAGCUAUUUUGAUAAGUCCAGAAUACUUGAUAGGGGUUUUGCCAGCAUCGUAACCAAAGGUUGGAGAUGUUGGUUGACAUGGCUCAUUAUCAGUCACGAUAACAUAGAUGCAUUCAAUCGUUAUCGUCCCUUAGUUAGUGCGUCCCAAAUUUGUUUUAUACCUUUAACCAUCUGAAUUCAUUAUUUUUUCUCAAACUAUAUUCUCUGUCUAACUUUUUUUACUUCCACUUUGAUAAUCAUCUCAUUGUGCUGAUGUAGUGCAUCAACUUGGGUCAAUUCACAUUUGUGGCAGGUUCUAUGUUGACUAUGACUGACUGACUGCAUAUAUUAGAUGUAAAUGCGAUAAGCUUAUUACAUAUUUCGACUAAAGAUUUCUUCAUAAUGUAUAUAUCCUUUUGUCAGUAAUCACAAAUGAUAAAGUAUGAUUUACGUGGAUCUUCAUGUACUUUGGGGGAUAACUACUGAAUGAUAAAAAUAGCCUAUGUAGAAAAUUUGACUUUUGUCUAAUUGAUUUUAUACAUUUAGUUCCCUAUAUCAUCUUGCAGAGAGGAAGAACAAAGAAUUGAAGGGAACAUGAAUCCAUUUUAUUUCGUAAAGUUCUCAUCAUCUGCUUACAGCCUAUAAUAUUUAAAACAAAGAAUAAAAUUUAUUGUAAAGCUUACAGAAUUAUCACAUUAAAACUGGAUAUGUAUCAUCAUCGUGGAGUAAUGCGAGUAAAUGCACAUAAAGAUUGUCUUAAAUAAAUAUAAUACAUGGGAGAAGAUUCUAGAUCAUCAGACAUAGUAACAAGAGAUCAUAGAGAUAAAAUAAAUUAAGAGUAAUAUGAGCUGAGAAAAUAAUAAAGUUAUGAAUUUGAAAGAAGUGAUAUAAUAAACUGCCGAUCAAGUCAACAUAAUAAGGAAAGGUGUACAACAAUUUUGUUUUGAAUACAUAUGUUCAUCUUGAGUUGUUUGAUGUCUAUGACUUCGGUCAAUUUGAGAAGAAUGGAAUUUGACCGGAUUGAUGAUGCUGAAAGAUUCCAGUCUUUAUUAUUAUUACUUGAACACAUGAAUAUUGGUACAAAGCGGCAACGAAUACAUAUACACCACACAAGUUACUUGAUUUGUGUGUGGGCUGUGAUACUGCUCGGGUUGCCAGACCGAGGUAGGGGAUUUUCUUAGGGGGCCACACCCAAGCAUUCGACCUAAAGGUCUAAUCCACAGGAUAGUGGAGCAACGUUACGAGAUGCAGUCCUUUGGUAACAGGUGACCAACAAUUGGUUCAUACGCCAUUUGUUCCCUCAGGAUCCUGGGGCCCAUGUGCAUUAUCGGUUUGAAAUCAAGGCUUUUCAACUCUCCUACGUGAAUCUUUCGUGUCCACUAACCCGGUUAAAGCGUCGGACAUUCGCUUUUCGUCCUCUCGAUUUCAUAAACAACUUCCCCACCGCAUGAACGCAGUGAGUGUGACUUCCAUAUCAGCGGUUGUAUGCACGUGGUCAUGUGAGAGGAUUUCGAGAGGGAGGGCUGACUCUUCCCACUCUCGUCCGUACCAGAGCAUUUGAGGGCAAUCUAUCAACAUGAUGCUCUGUGUCACAGAGAUGUUUUACUAGGGCACUGUUAAAAGCUGUUAAUCCUAUUGACCUGAAAAUUUUUGUUAUAUGUCCUUGGAAUAGAACGUAGGCCUUUCUUUUUGUUCUAUCACUAUAACUGCUUCGGUUUGUAAGCUGUUGAUGAGAAGUUGACGAAAUAAAAUGAAUUCAUGUUAUUUUACUUCAUUAUUUGUAUCUGCAUGAUAAACGAUCGUAAUGUGGUGUGCACUACUAAUGCGGACAGGCAUAAGUAGCUUGUGACAGGCAUAGGAACUUGAAUGCUUAUCAAGAGAAAAUUGAAAUAAAAAGAAUAGAAAGGAAAACGGAUAGCAGUCGAAAUAACAACUGGAUCAAAGAAUAAUGAAGCGUGUAAAGGAAAAUUAAAGGGAGAUAUACAAAUAAUGUACUUACUGUAUGCUUUUCAUGAUUUACAAAGGCACUGUUUGAUUUUGCAUUAAAUAAUAAACUGGUUUUCCCAAUUAAGUCUUCGUUCACUACAAUAAUAGCUAUAUGAAUAUUUUCCAAUCAAAGUUACAUAUUAACUCGUUUAGAAUAUUUAUCUGGUAAUUUUGGGUCAGCUGAAUAUCAGUAUGAUAUUUACCUUAUUGUUUCUCAUAAAAUGUCGGUGUUUAAUUAACUGUUAAGUGAAAAAAAUAUCAUAGUUUAACAUUUAACGUUGAAUAAGUGGGUUUAGUUUAUUAUUUAGCAAAUCAAUCACAUAUUUCAUUCAAUAUACCUUAUAUUAAUCAAUAAGCAGAUAAUUUCAGAUUGAUUAGGUAUUUCUGAAGCUUUCUCUGUUAAAAGGUUAAAAUCAAAUUUAUGCACUUUAAAGUAGAUGCUGUUUUCAGUCUUCUUCAUAUUUUCACGCUAUGUACUUUAGUUUUUACUGUUUAAUUGGGUGAAAUCUUAGCUCACAAUCUCAAGGAAUUUGUAUUCACUUCGUUGAUUCUUGUGUUUUUUUUUAUAUCUGAGCUUUUUUACUUGUUUCUAUGUUCAAUCUCUAUUCAUUUUGACAGUUGACAAUAAUUUAACUUUACUGGAUAUUCAUCUCGAUUAUGUUUUCAAUUUUUCCACCUAGUAUUUUCACAUUACUUAGUAUUUUAAUACUUUAUAAUUAUUCCAUAUUUAUUUAUGCUUUUGUAUGUAUUCACUGAUGAUGAUUUCUUCCAACUAUAUAAUUUAAAGCAUGUACAGCGGUUCUAAAUUGUAUGAUGUUGGAGAGAGUACACGAAAUAAUUUUAAUUUAUAUCAUUCUGUUACGAUUGUUUUUUGUUUUUGUUUUAUUGAAACGGAUGAAAAUAGAAAAUUAAUUCUGUAUUUUGGAUUUGACGAAUAACACUUAAGAUAUAAUAAACUGUUUAGUUUCAAACUUAACUUCUCACGUAACUACUUGUAAUAACUAACCUGUUAUAUGGACUUUGAAUUACUACUAUUAGAGAUACAUUGCCAAAUUGAUAUACCACUACUUAUUUCGCAUUGAUUUUAUAGUUAGAGAUAGGUGAUGGCUUGCAGUUGUAUCCAGGAAGCGCAUUUCGUCUUAUUUCAGCCGCGCCAACUGGAUUUAUUUGCGCCCCAGAGUUAAUGUUCAUUCAGGAACUCGAACCCAUUUCUGUUCUCUUCAAACACCUUGGCGUUAUUCACUUAGCUACUAAGUUCAGAUGGCCAUUAACUUGUGAAGUGGAAUAAAGUUUAAUCCAUUUGUAUUGGUUGUUUGGAUCUUCCGAUUUAUAAUUAAAACUCCAAUCGAGGCGAUUCGCACAGGAUACAUAUAUGUCGAAAGAGACUGAUCAUUUGCAGUCCUAAACAUCAAUGGGAAGAUUCAAA